AUGGCAUCUGAAACCGCCAUUUCAGCCUCAUCUACUGGCAACACCCAUUCAUCCGGCCAAUCUACACGGCGAAAGCUUUCGCCUCAACUUCGCAUUGACAUCCUCCCAGAGGAAGAUAUUCCAUUAAACCUAGGCGCGGAAAGAUCAUGGGACGGUACCAAGGGCAUUAGCGUAGCGCAGGGUCGCCAGCGCAGCAACACAGUUGCUGGGGCAACCUUUGCUUCUUUAGGGGCUUCACCUCGUUCAGUCACAGGGCUCGGGUUUUACGCUGGCGAUGCGGGGAUGCCACUUCAGCCACCUCUCAACCCAGACGGAGUCUCUAGUGCCUAUGGAUACGACGCCCCCCUAGGCUCGGAGUUUGAUGAUGAACUCACACGAAGACUCUUGCGCGAAAAAAGACAUUUGAUCGAGGAAGGUCGCUGGAUUGACGAUGGUGAUAUUGGGAGCAUCAUAUCUCGCCGAGCAGUUCCGGAUGAACAAAGCGAGGCAGCACCCAAUCUAUUGUGUAACACCUGUUUUCAAAACCUUGGGGAUGUAUGUUUCACUCGGUGCAAACACAUAUUUUGCUCCUCUGAUUUGGACAUGUAUAUUCGUCGAUCCUUGCACCCUGAAACAUUGGAAUUGGCGUGUCCCGCAUGCGGCCUAAUAUGCACUUAUGGACGGGACAUUAUUUCCGUUGCUACAGGGCGCCCUACAGGACCUAUGUUGGCCGCCGACGGACGGCUCUCCAACUUCGAUAUCCGCCGAGAUUCCUCGGCAUCGCUCCCCCAACCAAUACCACAAGGCUCUCAUACCCAGAAGUCUUUGGUGUCUAACUCAUUGACACAACACGAACGACCCCAGCCCAUCAACCAAAGAGGUGCUGAUCACAUGCGAAAUAAUAAACCUGCCCAACUACCUAGCCCGCCCAUUACUCCAGCGCUUUUACCGAUAUCCCUUUACGAACAGCGCACGAUUUCUUUGAGCGAAAAGACCCGGCGAUCUUCUGACAGAGAAUCUCGGAUCGGUCUGGUCGCAUCCAUUGAAAGGAUCGUAGGUGAACAAUUUAGCCGAGCACUGUCGAUUUUGGCGCUUGCACUGGUGCUUUGGGUUCUCGUCAAGUAA